AUGGCUGCCUCCACCAUGUCUGUCUGCUCUGAAGCCUGCACUGAGUCCUCCUGGCAGGUAGAGGACUGCCCAGAGAGCUGCUGUGAGCCCUGCUGCUGUGCCCCCACCUGCUGCCAAUCCAGCUGCUGCCAGCCAAGCUGCUGUGUCCCCAGCUGCUGUGCCCCAGCCCCCUGCCUGACCCUUGUCUGCACUCCAGUGAGCUGUGUGUCCAGCCCCUGCUGCCAAUCCUCCUGCUGCACACCCUCAUGCUGCCAGCAGUCUAGCUGCCAGCCAGCUUGCUGCACAUGCUCCCCCUGCCAGCAGCCCUGCUGUGUGACCCUUUGCUGCAAGCCUGUCUGCUGCACACCCAUCUGCUCUGGACCAUGCUGCCAGCAGUCUAGCUGCCANUCCUCAUGCUGUCAAUCNCCCUGCUGUGUGCCUGUCUGCUGCAAGCCUGUCUGCUGCACACCCAUCUGCUCUGGCUCCUCCUCCUGCUGCCAGCCCUCCUGCUGUGCUCCUCCUGUGUGCUGCAAGCCCUGCUCCAGCCUGUCCCUGCUGUGUCGCCCUGUGUGCAGACCUGCCUGCUGUGUGCCCACCUCCUCCUGCUGUACCUCCUCCUGCCAGCCCAGCUGCUGCCGCCCAACCUCCUCUGUGUCCCUGCUAUGCCGCCCUGCCUGCUCCAGACAGGCCUGCUGUGGACAGAAGUCCAGCUGCUGA